AUGCGGGAGCAGAUCACCGCGGAGGACGAGCACUCGCUCGGCGGUCGGGGCAACGCGGUCGCGGGCCACGCGAUCGCCGUGCGCCUCGCUAGGACCUACGGCGUCUUCAACGAGGAGAGCCCCCACUUCGCGGAGUUUGUCGACAAGAUACACCGCGGCGAGAUCGACCUCGCGGCGCGCGGCCGGCGCGCGGCGCUCAAGUCGGGCGAGGCCGACGCGUCCUUCUUCGCGGACAAGAUCGGGCGGAGCAUCCUGGGGCGGCUCCGCCACAACGCGGACAUGCUCGCGUCCUACGCGAACCUCGCGGUCUUCGUGUUCCACAUCGUCGUCUUCAUGGCGGUCAUCGCGCUCCAGCGGAACGUCGAGGGCACGGAGCGCCUCCAGUUCUACGCGAUCAGCGACGCGCUCCACGGCUUCUCGAAGUCGACGACGGAGUACACCGCGGGCUACCUGCGGGACAGCCUGCUGAACCUGGAGACCUUCGAGCACUUCCUGCGCGGCGACGUGCUGGGCAUGAUCUUCCAGGACAGCGAGUGCGGCGACGGCUUCUGCGAGCCGCGCGACGAGAACCCGAGCUACGACCCCGACCCCUACGAGCGCGAGGGCGCGGCCUUCGUCGGGUGCCGCGCGGACUGCGGCAUCGUCGACACGACGGUCGUCGAGGUCCACUUCCUCGAUUUGGGCAAGCUCGUCGUCGCGUCCCAGGUCGUGGCCGCGGCGCUCGAGGACGGCUGGCUCGGCGAGUCGGCGGAGGCGUGGGGCCGCUACGACGCGGACGGGCGUCCGAUCAAGCCCGCGGCCGGCUGGAACGUCUGCCACGCCACGGACCGCUCCUGGGGCACGCCCGAGACCGUGUGCCUCUUCGACGGCGACGUCCAGAUCAACGGCCUGCCCUACCGCACGGCCGAGCUCGACGUCGAGUCGUCGUCGUUCGGCGAGUCCAAGGUGCUCGACCUCUACGCGGGGGACUGGGAGCUGCGCUACGCCUUCGACGGCUUCGCCUGGACCUACCCCUACAAGGACCUCGAGAACCCCCUCGCGGGCAAGGCGGUGCAGAUCGGCUUCCCGGCGAUUCGGGGCCAGAUCUGCACGCGCGACACGGCCACGAACGCGGAGACGUGCGAGACGUGGGCGCCGUGCCCGGACGCGGACGCGUGCGCGUGCAGCUACGUCGACGGCGCCUACCGCUGCUUCGACGACGACUACUGGGCGGGGUUCAACGCGGAGACGAUGACGCAUUCGGAGUACAAGGACGCGGACAUCGACCUCGAGAUGGCCGCGUUCCCCGACUCCUUGGCCUACGAGGCCGUCGCCAAGUGGUGGUCCAUCCCCCGGAACCCCGCGGCGGGCCCGACCUGGGGCGACCGGUCCGCGCCGGCCGCGGUCGCGAACGCGUCCGCGUGGGACCCGGGGGCCCGCAAGUUCACGCUCGUGCUCCUGAAUGUCUACGUGAGCCUGACCUGGCUGGGCAACACCCUGUCCAUCGUCGACGCCGCGGGCGCGGUCGUGACGACCGAGACGCUGACGGACAACGGUUGCGCCGUCGUCGACGUGCUCCUCAGCGAGGGCCGGACCUACGCGUUCGCGACCGCGGCGUCCGAGGCGGGCGCGCAGUACCUCGGCGGCAUGGGCUGGGCGCUCUACGACGGCGACGCCCUCGUGCUCCGCGGGUCCGGCGGCGUCGACUCCUGUACCUUCACCGUCGGCGACCGGGGCGCGACCUGCGACGCGGGCGGCGACGACGGCGCGUCCGUCGCGGACUGCCCCGUCGUCGAGCCGACGUGCGACGGCUUCGCCACGCCGAGCACCGUCGUCUCCGUCUUCGACUACCGCUGCUACGGCGACGGCGCGUCCGCCGCGACCGACGGCGACGCCACGGCCGCGCCGACGCCGGCGCCCGCGGCCUACGCGCUCCCGCGCGACGACGCGCUCGCCGCGGUCGACUGCGCCUUCGACGCGGACCUCUGCAACUACGAGGACGGCGGCGGCAACGGCGGGCCCUGGACCUGGCACGUCGGCAUCACGGGCACGCCGAACAGCGGGCCCAAGGAGUUCGGCGACCGGAGCGACCCCGACGACGGCUACGCGUACACCGAGGCGAGCGGCACGUCGAACGACACGUUCAUCCUGCGGAGCCCGGCCUUCAAAGCGCUCAGGGAGCCUGCUCUUCUGACGUUCAAGCUCCACGCCUACGGCGACCGCGUCGCGUACAUGAACCUCGAGGGCCUCGUCGACGGGAGCUGGACCGUGCUCUUCCGGACCGUCUACGACCAGGGCCACCGGUGGCACGACAAGGCCGCCGAGGUGCCGGCGGCGACGACGCAGAUCCGCUGGCGCGGCUUCACCUACAAGUGGACCGGGGACAUCGCUAUCGACGACGUCGCCUUCGCGACGAGCGACGCGCCGACGCCCGCGCCGACGGCCUUAGAGGAGGACGACGUCGCCUUCGCGACGAGCGACUCGCCGACGCCCGCGCCGACGGCCUUCGAGGACGACGGCCGCCUCCGGUGCUACGCGGGCUGGAAACGGUACUCCGAGGGCGACGCCGGCUUCCUCGCGACCCAGUGGCAGCAGGAGCCGAGCUCGGAGAUCAUCACGUGCCCCGCGGGCGACACGCACUGCGUCCUCGUCGAGUACCCGUGGCCCUUCGCCGGCGGCGGCCACGGCUGGAACGGCUUCAACGAGCCCUACCUGCAGGUCCAGCCGCUCGUGUCCGGCGCCGUGCCCGCGGCCUACUUCGGCCUCGGGGGCUGCUGGAGCGACUUCGAGCGCAUGUUACUGGCCGACAUGAUCCACGCGGGCUACGACUUCCCGGAGCAGGGGCCGCUGGACCCGCGGCUGUGCAUGAACGUCAAGAGCGAGUACUACACGCAGCACGACCCGACCUGGUACGCCAACGUCUUCGACGUCACGGCGCAGGCGCUCGGCGUGAGCGGCGAGUACUACCUCGACGACGUCGGCGUCGUGAACCGCAUCUCCGCGACGGUGGAGCGGGGGAACUGCGUGGCGCGGCGCAUGGGCGACGGGACCUGCGACCCGUCCAACUCCGGCUUCGCGUGCCUCCACGACGGCGGCGACUGCCUCGACGACGAGCACGCCUACGUCGCCGCGCCCUGGUUGCGGCACGCGAAGGGCGAGGCCGGCGCGCUCGACGACUGGCCCUACGCCCUCGUUCUCGGCGGCGUGGCCCACGCGACGGUCCCCCACGUGCUCCACCGGGCCGUGGCGGACCGCGUCUUCCUCGAAGGCGCGCAGGGCGACUUCGCGGAGCUCCGGGUCGGGAACCUCGACGAGCCGCGCGGCCCGCCGCUCGCGGCUGUCAACGCGUCGAAGGCGUCCGAGUUCUGGGUCGACGUGGCGAAGCUCCUGCCGAGCGCCGCGUGCCCGGAGUGCGCCGCGUACGAGGGCGACCACGCGACGGUGCCGUUCAAGGUGGAAGUCGGCCCGGGCAACAAGGUCGGCGGCUACAACCCGGAGGAGUACGACAUGUUCGCGAAGCCCGCGACGGGCCAGCUGCGGUCCCGCUGGCUCCCCCGGCCGAACCGGGUGAUCUGGGGCCCGAUGGUGACGCAGCGGCGCGCCGCGUCGGGCGACUGCCCCGCGGAGGGCCCCUUUGCGGACCUGCGGGACAAAUGCGAUUUCCACGUCGUCGUCGACGGACUCCCGGUCUAUAUGCCGAACCGCGCCAGCGAGGCGCCCUUCGGCGUGGACCCGACGUUCCUCGAGAGCUCGUUCCUCUACAAGGGCGCGAACGACGAGGCGCUCAAGAACGAGCUCUACGACAACGCGACGGAGCUCAAGGGCUCGGGCGUGCCCUACGGCUUCUUCUACGACUCGGGCUGCCCCGGCGCGCGCGACUUCCCCGUCGUCUUCGACACGAACCUGAACCGGACGCGCGCGCUCGAGCUCUUCGACACGCUCACCGAGGGCGCGUACUUCAACAAGCAGACGCUCGAGGUGACGGUGACGAUCGCGACGGUCAACGUGGAGACGGGCCUGCUGACCUACAUGGAGAUCGUCGCCGAGCGCGUCAAGGAGGGCGGCAUCAUGCUCAGCGACAAGUUCGCGAUCUUCGACCCGCGGCCCUACGACGGAGCGACGGACUACUUUCGCGCGUUCCUCGAGCUCGUCCUCGUCGGCACCGUCCUGUUCUUGAUCUCCAUGGAACUGGGCGAGAUGCGGGACGUCUACGGCGAGACGGGCGCGCUCUGGGGCUACCUGGGCGUGGGGAAUCUCCUCGAUCUCGCCUCGUACGCCGUCAGCCUCGCCAUGUUCGUCAAGUGGGGCACCUUCUGGCAGUCGACGACGCGCAUCAAGCCCCGGGACCACUACGACGCCUUCGCGGACCCCUUCGCCGUCGGCCGCAUCACGGAGGCGUCGGGCGACGUGGACGCCAUCCAGGACCAGUACGACCACCUGAGGCGCGCGUCGCACGAGCUCGAGCGCUACGACGUCCUCAUCGCGGUUAAGAUGAUCUUCAUGGCGUUCCAGCUGAUCAAGAACCUCGACUUCCACCCGCGCAUCGGCAUGAUCUCGCGCACCGUGAAAGCCGCGACGACGGACCUCACGUACUUCGUCGUCGUCUUCCUCUUCGUCCUCGAGAUCUACGCGUUCCUGGGCGUGCUGCUCCACGGCAAGGAGCACGAGGACUUCUCGGACCUCUUCGCGUCGUCGCUGACGAUGAUGAAGGCGCUGUGCGGCAUGUUCGACGACAGCGACAUCGAGGUCACGUACAUCAACGCGGCCUUCUACUGGUCCUUCAUGGUGCUGUCCUUCUUCCUGCUGCUGAACAGCCUGCUGGCCAUCAUCGUCGAGGCCUACACGACCGUCGUCGAGGAGGGCCGCCUGGAGCAGCAGACGGACCCGCUGCCCUUCGCGCUCUGGAAGGCGAGGCAGGACCUGAAGGCGUUGGGGUGGCGCUACUUCCUGCCGCGGUCCAUGCGCCACCUGGGCCCGGGGGGCCUGGCCGCGGCCGCCGACGACCUGAUCCUCGGCGUCGAGGAGCUCAGCGCCAUCCUCGAGUGCUGGUUCGACGCCGAGGACCGGCCCCUCGCGGGCGCGGAGGCGGUCCGCCCGUCGAAGCGCCGCGCGGCCGGCGGCCCGGACGACGACGCGCCGGCGGCUCGGAGCCACAAGGGCCGCGAGGUCGGCCGCGCCGCGCCGCACCUGUACGCGCGCGUCAACGAGGUCGCGGGCUGCCCCGUGUCAUGGCGGAUCUUCGCCUGGCGCUGGCAGAAGGACCUCCCGGACGAUCCCAUCGUCUGCCUCGACCACCACUUCAUGCGCUGCGUCUUCCACGUGCUCCACAAACGCUACGAGACGCGCAUGGAGCGGGAGGGCGCGCCGCCGCCCGAACCGCCGCUCAGCGACGCGGGCGUCGACGUCGUCGUGUGGAACGUCAUGGUCCGCUACGGGACCCUGUCCGCGGACGUGGACCAGAACGGCACCGUGACGCCCCAAGAGCUCGCGGCCCUGACGCGGCUCCUGCGCCUCCAGAAGGCCUACGACGAGAACCCGGACCUCGACGACGGCGCGGCGCUCUGCGCGGCGCUGAACUACUUCAACGGCGCGUCCACAAAGCGGGAGAUGGAGGCCAACUUCGCCCGGGAGCUCGACCUCCACGCGGACCUGGCGGCGCCCGUCGACGUCGAAGCCUGAGCUGUUCAUAGCGGCGCGUGCGUGUACAUACGCGGAAGUACGCCCCAAAUUAUUGUAGUAUUUGUACUUCUCUCUCUAGCGCAUUAGGCGACACACCCCGCCUACGCGCCUACCUUGGGCAGGCGCGGGCACUGGGGGGCCCACUAAAGCACUGUACUUCU